UAACGUUAUGCUAGCUCCUGAAGAUCCUGCUGAUCUUACAUAGCUAGGUUAAUAGUUUUAAAAUGGAUUUUUUACACACUGAAACAUUUACGAUGGCUAUUAUGCCCGACUACAUGCUAGCAAAACAUAACUUUGAUUUUUUAUUAACAACGUAGGUAUCAGCACAAAGCCUUUAUUUAAUGGAUGAGUCGAACAUGGCCAUAUUCCCAUCAUCGACGGGAAGCUUCAACACCUUUGAGCUAACAUCACGUGCUCAUUACGAAGUUAACGGAGAAGUUGCAACUGCAGAUGCCAGCACAGCACCACCGCCGGCGCCUUCACCAACCCCGUUUGCAGGCGCCACCCAGCGCUUCUCUUUUUCACGCCCAAGUGCUGCUGCUGGUUCACCUGCUGCCUCUGCACCUCCAAGAGCCGUGGAGAUGACUCGCUCUUUUCAGAGAUCUAUAUUCAUUGCAGACUUGGUGAAUGCCAAACUAAGACCAAGCAGAAUGGUGGUGAUCCGUUUCAUGGAGAGUGAGGCCACUGUGCAGGGCAUACUCAGCAAAGUCCAAGAUGCCCUUGGCAGCUAUGACCCGUUAAUGCUCACAGACGCACAGGGGAACGAAAUUCUUGAUUCUGAGGGAACAAGAGGUUCCAUCUAUUGGAAGCAGAAUGCCCGCAAAGUCCUUGCUGUAGCAGAGAACGAAUUUGUGGAAUUGCAGAGUGGCAAACGAAGAAGAUCAAGUCGAAAAGAGGAUGAAACUGCAGGCCUGCAGGACAUCUAUGAAAAGAUAGAAGAGGUGAUACUUGCUGCCCAGAGUCUUCCGGAGGUGACCUUGACAAUUAAAACGCUUUCUGAGCUGGCCAUUAGUGAAAGAGUGACAUACAUCUUGACAGAAGCACAGGCAGAGCACGUGUGAGCUGCUUUCAACUGUACUGUGUGCAAGGGUAUGCAGAUAUUUUACACUUUUAAACUGCUCUAUAAAACUGUCAACAAAACCUAUAGUGGAGUUUGUUCAUUUAUCUCUCAUGCCUAUCUUGCAGGGCCAGUGAGUGAGCCAGUUCUUUCUGCCUGCUGUAAAUCCCUCCUAGGAUGCAAGGUCUGCAUUGACCAGUGGC